CGACCGGACGGAAAACAUGGAAUGCGGCGGCAAUCUCGGUGGCGAUCCUCUGAAUUUUGAAUUGCGAGGUGAGAUGUCGAUCGGAACUCGGAAGGAAGGCUGUUUUGUGUCGAUGUGCACAAUGUCGAGCUUGCUGGCCCACGCUGGAGCAGCACCUAUUUCUGGACCAGGGUCUGGCUGGCUGAUGUGAUGUCACCGGUUCCUGGUUUUACAGGCUCGAUACGAUCACGACCGAACAUAUAAGUGGCAGCAGUUGUUGCUCGACAGGUUCCGAUAUUGCAUUCUCGACAUGCACAACCAAACCUAAUAACAACAAGAUACCAAUUUGUUUAGCGACAUUACUUGCUUCAGCUUGUCUUUGCUCAUACCCCCAACUCUACCUUAGCAACAACCAAAAACAUCAUCAAAAUGGGUCUCGGAACCAAGAUCAAGACUGCUCUGCACGGCGACAGCCACUCCCGCAGCGGCUCGGCUUCUUCCUAUGAAGAUGGUCGUCUCCCCGGCUCAUUCCCCUCGGAUGGCACCGCCACCAACAACACCACCAACACCACCACCAACAACACCAAGCCAAGCACAACCAACGGCUUGAGCUCAACAACCAAGACCGGCGAUGUCAACACCCACAACUCUACCCUCAAGAAGGGUGGACGCCACACCAAGACAGACUCGGGAGUCGACUUUGCAGACGGCCCGGGCCACAGCAAGGAUGUCCACAGCAGCAACUUGACCGGUGGUGACUACCAGCGCCCCGUCAGCCGCGAGGGUGGCAUCGGCGGCAUCGACGACCACACCUCGUCCAAGAAGAACGACCCCUACUGGGGCAACAUCAAGCAGAGCGGCUACGAGCGUGAUCUGCCGCACCGCCCCGUGAGCCAGGUCGACCGUGAUCUCAACGGCACCGACAGUGGCGCUUACGGCUCCGGCCUGAACAACACUCGCGACGGCAUGGUCCACGACAAUGUCCGCUCGAGCAAUGCAGGCCCUCACUCGAGCAACAUGAUGAACAAGGCCGACCCGCGCGUCGACUCUGACCUCGACAACCGUGGCGCCAACGGUGUCAACGGUGUCAACGGAGGAGCAUACAACGGCACCACCGGCAACAACUACAACUCUCGCGGCGGAAUGCUCGACGUCACCUCCGGCAGCAACUACAACUCUCGCGGCGGAAUGCUCGACGGCACCACGGGCACUCAGGGUCUGGGCUCCACCAACCAGGGCCCCCACAACUCCAACAUGCUCAACAAGGCCGACCCCCGCGUGGACUCGGACGUCGACCACCGCGCAACCAACAACUACGGCUCAAACACCACGGGCUACAGCUCAAACAACACGGGCUACGGUUCCAACACCACCGGCUACGGCUCCUCCAACAUGAGCGGCAACGGAACCGGCCGCGACGUGCACGGCACCAACCUCACCACCCACGGCGGCAGCAACGACAUGACGGGCGCCAGCGGCCGCCGCUCCGACCUGCACAACGUCGGCCUGGCGCACCCCAACGAGCCCGUGCUGGGCGAGCACCACGACGACCGCCUGCGCGCCCGCGACAACGGCUACAGCCCCGUCAACGGCGGCCUGGGCGGCAGCAAGCCGCACCACGCCUCGCUGGCCGACCGCCACCACGAGGAGGACCUGCGCGACGCGGGCCUCUACAGCAGCGGCCGCGACAGCUACGGCAGCCGUGAGGGCUACAGCCGCAACGGCGGCGGCAACAACACGACCGACAGCAACGGCAACGUCGUGUACGGCAGGAGCGCCAGCACGCGCGGCUCGCCCCAGCGCGGCCACGGCGUCGGCGGGCCCCAGCAGCAGCAGCACGGCGACUCCAGCUCGUCGCACUUUGUGCCCAGGGUCAUGCACACCUGCAACAACUGCGGCACCGACAACGACAUUAGCCGCUACUUUCGCUCCGACGUCUCAUACCGCCUGGGCUGAAGAGAUAUGAUGUUAUGAUCCGUUUUUUCAUUUGUUUCCUUUGUGCAAACUUGGAGCGGUAUUUUUCGGCUAUUUGUCAGCGAUUUCCUUAAGAUUGUAUCAUAAUACGACGGAAAACUGUUACAAUACAAGUAAUUGAGAAUUUGAGAUGAACUCUGCUGCAAGACGACGUGUUUCAAGUGGUGAUU